AUGCCUGUGAGUCAAAGAGGCGUGGUAGGGGUGGUGGGCAAUGUGAUCACGGGUCGAGGCAAGGGUCGUGGUCAAGGCCAGGAUCGAGGUACUAGUGGACCACGUCAGAAUCUUAACGAAAGUCAGAAAUCAGGUAAGAAAGAUCGUUCUAAAAUCUUAUGUUUUAGAUGUGAUAAAUAUGGUCACCAUGCUUCUGGAUGCCCUGAACGAAAACAGAAGCAGGAACAAUUUCAUCUGAACAAGACAAAGGAGGAUGAUCUGGCUUUAUUCAUGCACGAGACGGUAUUUCUGAAUGAAGAAAAUCUUAUCCCAAAGAGGUACGAAAACGAGUCUAAUAGUAAUGUUUGGUAUCUUGACAACAGGGCAAGUAAUCAUAUGACCAGGAACAAAAGUUUUUUCUCAGAGUUAAAUGAACGAAUUACUGGUAGAGUAAGGUUUGGUGACGGUUCAUGUGUGGGAAUUGGUGGUAAAGGUUCUAUACUGAUCGAAGGAAAAACCGGUGAGCAACGUCUUAUGACGGACAUUUACUUUAUACCAGACAUUCGUAGCAAUAUUAUUCGUUUGGGUCAAGCAACCGAACACAGAUGUGAUAUUCAUAUGAAGGGUGAAUACUUGACUAUGAAUGAUAGCACCAAGAAGCUACUUAUGAAAGUUCCAAGAAUGAAGAAUCGCAUAUACAUAAUUAAACUGAAAAUAGGAAUCCCGCUUGUUUACAUGCUAAACUAG